AUGAAGAGCCGAAUCCCCGUGGUGCUCCUGGCCUGUGGCUCCUUCAACCCCAUCACCAACAUGCACCUGCGCUUGUUUGAGGUGGCCAGAGACCACCUUCAUCAAACAGGCAGGUACCAGGUGAUCGGGGGUAUCAUCUCUCCUGUCAAUGACAACUACGGAAAGAAGGACCUCGUGGCUGCCCGGCACCGGGUGGCCAUGGCCCGGCUGGCCUUGCAGACGUCCGACUGGAUCCAGGUGGACCCCUGGGAGAGUGAGCAGGUGCAGUGGACGGAGACAGUCAAGGUGCUGAGGCAUCAUCACAGCGAACUGCUCAGAUCUCUGCCCUGGAAGGAAGGCCUGGACCAAGGCAAGGUUGACUCUCCAGCCCCCGCAGCUGUGCCUGAGCUGAAGCUCCUCUGCGGGGCAGAUGUCCUGAAGACCUUCCAGACCCCCAACCUCUGGAAAGACACGCACAUCCAGGAAAUAGUGGAGAAGUUUGGCUUGGUGUGCGUGGACCGGGCAGGGCACGACCCAAAGGGGUACAUCUUGGGCUCGCCCAUCCUGCGAAGGUACCAGGACAACAUCCACCUGGCCAGGGAGCCAGUGCAGAACGAGAUCAGUGCCACAUACAUCAGGCGGGCCCUGGGCCAAGGGCAGAGCGUGAAAUACCUGCUCCCCGAUGCCGUCAUCGCCUACAUCAAGGAGCACGACCUCUACGCCAGCCCCGGAGAGGAAUGA